AACAAAUCGCUUCACUCUUUCUCUGCAUCAUCGACGCCUCUUUUCUCUCACUCUAAACAAAUCGACGCCGCUGCUAUCUCACCGCCUGCUAAUCGGAGGUUGUAACUUCUGUUAAGCAUGGCUGCUGAGGGAGGUCCGGACGCUCUGGGACCUCGUUAUGCUCCAGCUGAUCCAACAUUGCCUGAACCUUGGAAAGGCUUGGUUGACGGGAGCACCGGUGUAUUGUAUUAUUGGAAUCCUGAAACCAAUGUCACACAAUAUGAGAAACCUAAUGCUUUGCUGCCUCCACUGCCAACAGGCCCGCCACCUGUGCCCUCUGCACCUAAGCUGGCUCCAAUACCUGGUGCAAGGACUGGGCAGCCGAAUGGAGUUCCUGGUCAACAGGCACAUGAAAUGACACAUAACACACAGCAACCAGGGUCACAAGUUACUUCACAAUCACAACAGCAUGCUGAACAGGUGUCACAGGUUGCUCAACAAAAUAGCUCUCAAUUACCACAAGGUGGACAACAACUUGGUUCACAAAUGGGACCUGGCAUGCAGCAGUUGGGGCAGCAAAUGGCACAGCACAUCAGGCCUCAAAUGGGACCAAACCAGCACACAUUUUCAACUGUGGAACAACAAAUGCCACCCCAGCAAGGAGUUCAAAUACCUCAAACCUACCAGGGUGGACCGUUAGGACAGCAACAGGGCUACCAAUUUACACAUCAACAGUYGCACUACAUGGGAUAUCAGCAGAACAUCCCUCAGGCAGGGCAGCCUAAUAUACCACAGCAUACACAGCAUCCUGAACAGUUUCCUCAACAAGAGCAAAAGGCUGCAUUCUUGCAGAGAGAGGAUACUGAUUUUCAGCAAGGAAAACAGGUUGGGUUCUCUCCAUCCCAGAUCCAUCAAGUUGGGGUGCCACCUGUUCAAAGUCUGCCUCCAGAGGGUAAUUCCAGUGUUCAACCUGGACAAACCACUCCAUAUGGUGGCUCUCAGCUCAGUGUGCAACAGCCUUCCUCUUUUGGUCAGUUACAGCAUAGCGGCAUCCACCACCAGCAACAUGGUCCAAGGUUCCAAAACCAAAUGGGUCAAACUCAGAUGCAUGGCCAGCAGCCCAAUGUUCCACCAGUAGGAUUCAAGAUGGGUUUUGAAGAAAAUCAACCUGGAAGAGGUGGGAACGAGCACUAUUUUAAUGCUAAUAAUGAUGGGCCGAAUAUUGCUCCACAUCAACCUAAGCUUGCUGCAAUUCCUAUGGCAAGAAAUCAGCCGGAGAUGAGAUUUGGGGCUCCUCUGCCUCAAAAUGUUCCACCAGGUGUCUUUGGUGGAUCUAAUAAUAUGCCAGGGCCAGCCUCACAUAACAUCCUUGGACAUGCUACUGGUGGUCCACCAUAUACGAAUAACCCUAUGACAAUGCAAAAUCAAGCAGCAAUGACUUCUCCAGACGCUCUGAAUAUGUCCUCUGUUGAUAUUUACCGUCAGAAGCAUGACGUAACAGCAACGGGUGAUAAUGUUCCAGCUCCAUUCAUGUCAUUUGAGUCCACAGGCUUUCCCCCAGAGAUAUUGAGAGAGGUAAGUACUUCUCUUGAGAAGGUGUUAACUGUUUUUUAUGUUGAAGUUGUUCCUCACAUGGAGAAGCAGAGACGUGUGGAGCAGAUUCUUCGAUCCCAAGAACGGGGUUCCAAAAUAAUAAUUUUCUGUUCAACAAAAAAACUAUGUGACCAGCUUACACGUAAUAUUGGUCGCAACUUUGGUGCUGCAGCAAUUCAUGGAGACAAAUCUCAGGGUGAGAGAGACUGGGUUCUGAAUCAGUUUCGUUCUGGCAAGUCACCGAUAUUAGUUGCCACAGAUGUUGCUGCACGGGGGCUUGACAUUAAGGACGUAAGGGUAGUGAUCAAUUAUGAUUUUCCAAAUGGUGUUGAGGACUAUGUCCAUCGAAUUGGGCGAACUGGGAGGGCAGGGGCAAAAGGCAUGGCCUACACCUUUUUUUCAGAACAAGACUGGAAAUAUGCAGCUGAUCUAAUCAAGGUUCUGGAGGGGGCCGAUCAGCCUGUACCUGCUGAGGUGCGAGAGAUUGCGGCACGUGGCGGGCCUGGGUUUGGAAAGGAAAGGGGUGGAAUGAGCCGUUUUGAUUCUGGUGGUCGUGGUGGCAUGAGGGAUGGUGGUUUUGGUGGGCGUGGUGGGGAUGGCAGGUUUGGUGGUCGUGGUGGUGACAUGAGGGAUGGCAGAUUUGGUGGUCGUGGUGGUGAGUUGAGGGAAGGAGGUUUUGGUGGUCGGGGUGGUGGUGGGUUUGGAGGGAGAAGCGGUCAAAGGGAUGAGGGUUUUGGAAGUCGUGGUGGGAUGAGGGAUGGCAACUAUGGUGGUCGUGGUGGUGGUUGGGAACGUGGCCUUAAUGAUAGAUUCAUGGAUUCCCGUGGCAGAGGCAGGGGGCGAGGGAGAUUUGAUAACAGGAGAGAUGGGGACCGUGGUAGGGGAAGAAGUUAUAGCCGUAGUCCUGAUAGGGUUCGAACGUGGGGCCGUAGCCGGAGCAGGAGCAGGAGCAGGAGCAGGAGUUACAGCAGGGGCCGUAGCUGGUCAAGAAGCCGAAGUCGUAGCCGUAGCCGUAGCCGCAGCUACAGUCGUAGCCCUGUAAGGCGUGAGAGACGGCGUGAAUCAAAAUUUGAUCAGAUUGAAGCGGAUUUGCCGAAAGCUCCUGAAGCAGAGAUUGUGGGUGAGGCAGCAAUAAUCUCUUGUCCCGUUCCAGUCCCAGAUGGUAAUUGAUGGAGUUUAAAGAGGAGAAGGAUUUUUCAUGUAAUCAUGUGGUUUUAGAUUUUGGCAAAUUGAAGUGGUUAUUUACAAUUACAUUUUAUGUGAGAGAGUUGUAUUCGGAAAGUGGUUGUGAUCCAAACUUGGUUGUAAUCACAAAACCCCCCAUGUUUCUAACCAAAUGAAUGGUAUCAAAACGCAUGUA